AUCGCAGAGUUAGAAAAAUCACAGUCACACACAUUCGAGAUGACCACCACCAACCAGAGUCAGAGCCACUACAGCUACGCCGACAACAUGAACAUGUACAACAUGUAUCACCCCCACCCCCACAGCCUGCCGCCCACCUACUACGAUAACUCCGGCAGCAGUUACUACCAGAACAGCGCCAGCUACCAGGGCUACCAGAGCUACUAUCCCCAGGAGAGUUACGCCGAGAGCAGCUACUACUACAACAGCCAGGAACAGGUGGUCGCCCAAACUGCGCCGCCCACUGCCCAGCCCACCACCCCACCGCCCGCCAAGUGCGCCAAACGCAAGGCCGAGGAGGACGCCGCCUCCAUCAUCGCCGCCGUCGAGGAGAGGCCCAGCACCCUGAGGGCCCUGCUCACCAACCCCGUGAAGAAGCUGAAGUACACCCCCGACUACUUCUACACCACCGUCGAGCAGGUGAAGAAGGCUCCCGCCCCCACCGCCCCCUCCAAGGUCGCCGCCAGCCCCGCCCCCAGCUACGAGCAGGAGUACGUGGCCGUGCCCACGCCCAGCGCCUCCGAGGACGUCGACUACCUGGACGUCUACUCGCCCCAGUCGCAGUCGCAGAAGCUGAAGAAUGGCGACUUUGCCACCCCGCCGCCAACCACGCCCACCUCCCUGCCGCCCGUCGAGGGCCUCAGCACUCCGCCUCAGUCGCCGGGGGAGAAGUCCUCGUCAGCUGUCAGCCAGGAGAUCAAUCAUCGAAUUGUGACAGCCCCGAACGGAGCCGGCGAUUUCAAUUGGUCGCACAUCGAGGAGACUUUGGCAUCAGAUUGCAAAGACUCGAAACGCACCAGGCAGACGUACACCCGCUACCAAACUUUGGAGCUCGAGAAGGAGUUCCACUUCAAUCGCUACAUCACCAGACGCCGUCGCAUCGAUAUUGCCAAUGCGCUGAGCCUGAGCGAAAGGCAGAUCAAGAUCUGGUUCCAGAACCGACGCAUGAAGUCCAAGAAGGAUCGCACGCUGGAGAGCUCCCCCGAGCACUGUGGUGCGGGAUACGCGUCGUUGCUGCCACCCCUGGAGGCCACCGCCACCACCACCAGCGGCACCACCUCGGUUUCGAUGCCCAUGUACCACCACCAAGCCACCGCCUAUCCCGCUUACAACCACAGCCACAGUCACAGCCACGGCUAUGGCCUGCUCAAUGAUUACCCUCAGCAGCAGACCCACCAGCAGUACGAGGCCUACCCACAGCAGUACCAACAGCAGUGCAGCUACCAGCAACACCCGCAGGACCUGUACCAUCUGCCUUGA